AUGCGCUGCGAUGGAAACGAGCCAUGCGGUCCUUGCCAGUCGACCACCUCAGACUGUCACUAUACGGCAUCGACGGCGCCUUCAAUAGCCCCCAGCCUGUCUUCACACGCCGAACUUGGGAACGAAGAUCAACCCAGCAGUCUACCAAAUGGCCACGGAUUUACCGCAAGCGCAUCUCCCGACCACGAGGGUUCGCAAGACCUCAAUUUCGCAACCCAGCACCCAAACUUGGACGUCCCGCCUACCAUGACUUCGGCCAUGGAAGGAAUCCAAACCUACCCAAAUACAAUAUCCAUGCAGUUUCAUGCUCAACCAGUGUAUGACCCGACAGCCACCAACGACAACAACCUGUCGCUUGGGGAGGAUAUGCUGUACCCACUUCCAGAUGGCGAUGGCAUCAACGACUUCUGGCAGAUGCCUACUAUGAACAGCCAGUUUUGGUUCGAUGGGUCUGACUUUGCCUGGACCGACAACUUUUUCGAUUCAAACUCGCCACUUCUAGAUCAUGUCCUUUCAUCUUCAAUGCAGAACCUCACAGCCAUCAUGCAGGAAUACUUUGACAGGAAGUCCAGGGCUCCAUCACCAUCCCUCAACAAGGCCAGCAAAAUGUGGUAUUCGGCGCCACCAAACUUGGACGACCAUAACAAAGAUAUUGUCAAAGUAUUCCUACAAAUCUUUCGUCGAAACAUCCCCCAGACCUUCUCGCUCUUCAAAGAUUGUACGGUAAGCCGGAAAAGUCGAGCCGAGUAUACUCUCGCCAUGGCUGCUAUCGGUGGAUUAUUUUGCACUGUAGCUGGUAGUUCCGAAGUAGCAAAAUCCAUGUACAACGAUGCUCGACGGUUAUUGUUAGCCUCGUUCAACGUCAGAAGUUCACUUGACGAAUUGUCGACAAACCCUGAUGACAAACUUACUGUGGUCAAGACGUUUAUCCUCCUUGAACUGUAUGGCCUUUGCAGUGGUGACAAGAGAAGUUAUGAAUUUGUCGAAGCCUUUCAUGGCAACUUGAUCCAUGUAACUUCCACUCCUGGUCAGGUCCACGGGAUCGACAAGCUAAUGUGUUCAAAGUCUGUUCAAGAAUAUAGCGCAGCAUGUAAAAGACUUGCAUCAAAAGACAACGACAAAGCACGCUUACUCGAGACGUUAUAUAUUCUCGAUUGCUACCGAGCGAUUAUUAUGCAGCGCCCACCGUCACUGUCAUGGCAUCAUAUUGAUUCAUUUAUUGACCAUCAUUCACACAGCAGUCGACUUACUCAGUUACACCAAGAAGUAGUCAAUCUCACAGAUACCGGUCACAUAUCACUACCAUCCAUAAACACCGAAUUCGACCUUGCGUCCCUAUCUUCCUUGACAAGUCACCUCUGGCCGGCCUUAUAUCCACGCCAGAAUACGUACGGUGCCGACAAUGUUUCGGUGGAAAGUCUUUCUCUGUGGAAACGAGACUUUGCCGAACUGGCUUGCGAUACCUGGCUUCGUACUCGCCGUGGCACGGUUGACUUUUCGUGUCUUGCUGUCUACCAUAUGAUGAACAUUAUGCUACACGCCAACCUUACAGUCCUACAAAACUUUGCACACUCUGCGCCUGGGUCGGCAGCACGAGACCCCAAGAAGAGUCUCGCGGCUAGAGAAGUCUACGCGUGGACACAAGAUCGGCAUUACAAAAUCGCACAGUGGCAUGCUGAGAACUUGAUCAUCUCUAUCGAGGGAGCAUUCACAGCCGCCACGAAAAUGGAUCAACAAGGCCCCCAACAACCUCCUCCUCGGGCUUCUUUUUCGACAUCUGAGCCUCGACGUUUACCAUAUGAAGCUCCUCAUGUCCCAUACGCUGUAUAUUAUGCUACUCUGGUUUUAUGGUGCGGUGCGGUUAUCGAGGAGAGUGGUGGUCACACCCCAUCGGGACUACAAGCGCCCAUUGCGCGAGGUGAACGGAUUCUGUCUCUGCACAAAGUUCACAUUGCUCAGCUUUUGGCUCGGGUCUUGAACGAAAUCAAGUAG